ACAUGAACUUUGGAGUGUCUGAGCACUCACUGCACACACGGCAGAGCUGCACUUCUGUUCAGUUUGCACACACUUUAACAUUUGAAUCAAAAAAGUCUCUCGGUUUUAAAGGGAUGGCAGAGCCCAGCGGGAUCUUGAUCAAAGGGGGGAAAGUCGUGAACGAAGACUGCUCCGUGAUCAGCGAUGUCUACAUAGAGAAUGGGAAAAUAGUGGAAGUUGGGCUGAACCUCCAGAUCCCCGGGGGGGUGAGAGUCAUCGAUGCCACUGGGAAGCUGGUGAUCCCGGGCGGCAUCGACACCCACACCCACAUGGAGCUGGAGUUCAUGGGCACCAAGGCUGUGGACGACUUCUACAUCGGAACCAAGGCCGCUCUGGCAGGAGGGACCACCAUGAUCAUGGACUUUGUGAUCCCCCAAAGGGGAAAGUCUCUCCUGGAGGCAUAUGACUGCUGGAGGAAGACUGCUGAUCCCAAAGUCUGCUGCGACUACUCGCUGCAUGUCGCCGUCACAUGGUGGAGUGACCAGGUGAAAAAAGAGAUGCAGACGGUGACCAAAGAGAAGGGAGUGAACUCCUUUAAGAUGUUCAUGGCCUAUAAGGACGUGUUCAUGCUGGACGACUCUGAGCUGUACGCGGCCUUCUCCCAGUGUAAGGAGAUAGGAGCUAUAGCUCAGGUGCACGCUGAAAAUGGAGACCUGAUCGCAGAGGGUGCUAAGAAGAUGCUGUCUCUGGGCAUCACGGGGCCAGAGGGCCACGAGCUGUGUCGGCCGGAGGAGGUGGAGGCCGAGGCCACCCAGAGAGCCAUCACCAUCGCCCACGCUGUCAACUGCCCGCUGUACGUGGUGCACGUGAUGAGCAAGUCUGCCGCCAAGGUGGUGUCCAACGCCCGCAGAGAGGGGCGCGUGGUGUUCGGGGAGCCCAUCGCAGCUGGACUGGGCACUGACGGUACUCACUGCUGGCACAAAGACUGGGGCCAUGCUGCAGGCUUCGUCAUGGGGCCCCCCCUCAGACCUGACCCCAGCACCCCAGGGUACCUCAUGGACCUGCUGGCCAAUGAUGAUCUCACUGUGACGGGGACGGACAACUGCACCUUCUCUGUGUGCCAGAAGGCUCUGGGCAAGGACGACUUCACCAAGAUCCCAAACGGAGUGAACGGGGUGGAGGACCGGAUGUCUGUCAUCUGGGAGAAGGGAGUGCACAGCGGCAAAAUGGACGAGAAUCGAUUUGUAGCUGUCACCAGCAGCAACGCAGCAAAAAUCUUCAACUUCUACCCGCAGAAAGGCCGUAUCGCCAAGAACUCGGAUGCUGACGUGGUUAUUUGGAACCCUAAGAUGAAGAGAAAGAUAUCAGCCAAAACACACCACCAGGCUGUAGACUACAACAUCUUUGAGGGCAUGGAGUGCCACGGCGUCGCCGUCCUCACCAUCUCCAGAGGCAGGGUGGUGUAUGAGGAUGGGCAGCUGCAGGUGUCCCCAGGGACCGGAAGAUUCAUCCCCAGGAAACCCUUCUCUGAGUUUGUUUACAAAAGAAUCAAGCAAAGGGACCAGGUGGGGACGCCUACAGCUGUGAUCAGAGAGCCAUAUAAAGGGGAAGUCAUUUCUCUGUGAACAACAGGCCGAUAGAGGCUGUGUCUGCAGUGCAAUCCAGAAGAUACCAAAGUCAAAACUACAGAAUGCUGCCUCACUGAAGAUUAAACUGCUCAGAGAUUUCUGCACUUUUAACAGACACAAGAUAUUACUACAUGUCAUACAUGCAUUUUCCAACCAUUAACAUAGCAUUUGUAACAGUCCUAGUGUUUUUGAUGUCCACUUUGAUCAACACUUGGGUCAAUGUUCUGUUGGCAAAUAUUAUAUUUGAUAUAUUUGUUUUAAAGCUCAUCUGUGCUCAGUACACAGUUGCUGCUGUAAUUAUAUUUGCUCUAACUUACAAUAUGCAAUAAAGUAAUUCACUGUUAGCAACGAAAAAUAUAAAAUAUAACUGAUUCAUAAUUUCAUGGUUAGAAACACUGUUGUGAUAGAAAAGAUCCUUCAUUACUUUUUAACGCUGUUUGUGGCAGUUGAAAAUCAGACUUGUCAAUUUGUGAAUGAGCCACCGUUUGUUUCUCCUUAUUUUCCCAAUGUUCAUCUUCUCUGGUAACAGGACUGAUGGUUCUCAGCCAAAAGCAUCCAUGCCUUUGAUGAAAUAUUCAUUAGAUGCAGUGGCAUGCGUGAAAGUAUAAAGAUUUACUUUGUU